UCAGACAGAGUCUCCUGUAGCCAAUAAGUUGCCCAGGCUGGGCUCAAACCUAUGAUCCUCCUGCCGAAGCCUCCCAGAAUUUUGGGAUUGCAGGUGUGUGGCAACCAUGCCCUGCUCACAAAUUUUUUUUAAAGCUGGAUGUUCUCAGGUAAAGUGGGCAGUUAUCACGGGAAACUAGAAAGGCAUCUUGAGGGUGGGUGUCCUUCAGCACGGCCACUACACUUGGACACCUCUGUAUACACGGAGCAGGCCCCAGGCCCCCCGACAUGCAUCCCACCCUCACCCUUGAAGCACUCACAUGCAGGGCGCAGCAUCCCUUCUCCAGAACAGCCUCCAGCAAUGACAGCCGGGCUGCUGGGUAUGCACCUCCAUGCCCCUUGGAUGGGACAAAAAGACAAACAAUUGGACUGCCUACAGGAAGAAGCCUGGCUGAAGGAAUUCCCUCAACCCUAAACAUUUCCAGUCUCACAGUUGGGACAGUUUCUUGGAGUCGGGGGGACCACUCUCCUAUCUACUCCUUCCAUUAGAGAGGGAUUUUCAGACAGGGUAGAUCAGAGUUCAAAUGUCAGCAGAGGGGCAGUGGCACUCCCCUGUAAUCCCAGCACUUCGGGAGGCUGACGCAGGAGGAUUGCCAGUUCUGGGUUCCGGCUGAGCAACUUAUCAAGACUUUAUCUCAAAAUAAAAAAUAAAAAGGACUGGGGAUAUAGCUCAGUGAGGAGGCCCUGGGUUCACUCCCUAAUACCAUCAAAAAAAUUUGAAUUCAGGCCCGGGGUGGUUCCAGCGACUGCCUCGCAAGCGCAAGGUCCCAAGUUUGAUCCCCGGUACCAAAAAAAACACAUUGAGUUCAAACCCAAUUACCUGCAGGUUGAAGUGAAGACUUUGCAGCUCUGAGACCCCGCCCAGGGCUCCGUAGGUGAUGGCCAGGUCAGGGUGACGCUGGGGAGGUGUUUUAGAAAUGGGGUCCCCAGAAUGGAACUCCAUCCUCACCCACCAAGACCUGGAAGCAGCUUGCCCCCCCCCACAGGCAGGUGGGGACACUCAGGCUGGCACCCCCCGGGCCCCAAAGCAGCACAGGGAGGGGAAGCGCUCCUGAAGACCCUGGGCACCUGCUCCUUGUUGCCUUGGAGGCCAGGUGGCGGUGCCUUGGGCAAUGGAAGACCCUGACACCUGCCCCAAAAGGCAGCCCUAGGGUUGCCUCCGGCUCCCCCGUCCCCCACCCCAGGUUUGCAGGACUAAGGUCCCUGGGGUAGACAGGAUCAGAACCCUUCCUCUGCCUGUGCCUGAGGAGCGCCAGGUCAGUUAGACCUGGGAGGCCCACAGCACAGCGAGGCGGGGCCAGGUGUCUGGGGCGGAGCAGCUCUGGGAUCCUGGCCCGCCCUCCUGAGUCACCCUCUCCGCCUGCCUGCCCUGGAACUCUUCGGGCAACCCGGCCACUCCUCGCCCAGGGACCCAGGAGCUGGGCCAAACGUCCACCCCGCAGCGGCACGAUGAUCCCAGUGGCCGAGUUCAAGCAAUUCACGGAACAGCAGCCUGCGUUCAAGGUGCUCAAACCCUGGUGGGAUGUGCUCGCUGAGUAUCUCACGGUGGCUAUGCUCAUGAUCGGAGUCUUUGGCUGCACCCUGCAGGUGACGCAGGACAAGAUUAUCUGCCUGCCCAGUCAUGAACCCCGGGAGAACUUCUCAGAGGCCCCUUGCCAGCAGCUCUUGCCUCAGGGGGUCUCCGAGCACAUGGAGGGCCUCCGGGAGCUGAGUGGCCUCAAGAACAACUUGGACCUGCAGCAGUACAGCUUCAUUAACCAGCUGUGCUAUGAGACAGCCCUGCACUGGUAUGCCAAAUACUUCCCCUACCUGGUUGUCAUCCACACACUCAUCUUCAUGGUCUGCACCAGCUUCUGGUUCAAGUUCCCCGGCACCAGCUCCAAGAUCGAACAUUUCAUCUCCAUCCUGGGCAAGUGUUUCGAUUCCCCAUGGACCACCCGGGCCUUGUCUCAGGUCUCCGGGGAGAACCAAAAAGGCGCAGCUGCCUCACGGGCCACAGCCAUCACAGUGGCUGCAGCAGGGACCGGGUCCGGGAAGGCAGGUGAGGGCGAGAAGGAGAAAGUGCUAGCAGAACCGGAGAAGGUGGUGACCGAGCCUCCAGCUGUCACCCUGCUGGACAAGAAGGAGGGCGAGCAGGCCAAAGCCCUGUUUGAGAAGGUCAAGAAGUUCCGCGUGCAUGUGGAAGAGGGGGACAUCCUCUACACCAUGUACAUCCGGCAGACAGUGCUCAAAGUCUGCAAGUUCCUGGCCAUCCUGGUCUACAACCUGGUCUACGUGGAGAAGAUCAGCUUCCUGGUAGCUUGCAAGGUGGGGACCUCAGAGGUCACCGGAUAUGCUAGUUUCUGCUGUAACCACACCAAGGCGCACCUCUUCUCCAAGCUGGCCUUCUGCUACAUCUCCUUCGUGUGCGUCUAUGGGAUCACCUGCCUGUACACACUCUACUGGCUCUUCCACCGGCCUCUCAAGGAGUACUCUUUCCGAUCCGUGCGAGAGGAGACAGGCAUGAAUGACAUCCCCGACGUCAGGAAUGACUUCGCCUUCAUGCUGCACCUCAUUGACGAGUAUGACUCGCUCUACUCCAAGCGCUUCGCUGUCUUCCUCUCCGAGGUCAGUGAAAGCCGCCUGAAGCAGCUCAACCUCAACCAUGAGUGGACGCCGGAGAAACUGAGGCAGAAGCUGCAGCGAAACUCAAGGGGCCGGCUGGAGCUGGCUCUCUGCAUGCUCCCUGGACUGCCUGACACCAUCUUCGAGCUCAGCGAGGUGGAGGCACUCAGGCUGGAGGCCAUCUGCGAUAUCGCCUUCCCGCCGGGGCUGUCACAGCUCACAAACCUUCAGGAGCUCAGCUUGUUGCAUUCACCUGCCAGGGUGCCUUUCUCUUCCCAGAUCUUCCUUCGGGACCGCCUGAAGGUGAUCCGGGUCAAAUGUGAGGAGCUCCGAGAGGUGCCCCUCUGGGUGUUCGGGCUUCGUGCCCUGGAGGAGCUGCACCUGGAGGGGCUUUUUCCUCCAGAGCUGGCUCGGGCGGCUUCUCUCGAGAGUCUCCGGGAGCUGAAGCAGCUCAAAGUGUUGUCCUUGCGCAGCAAUGCCGGGAAGGUGCCAGCGAGCGUGACUGACGUGGCUGGGCACCUGCAGCGGCUCAGCCUGCACAAUGACGGGGCGCGCCUGCUGGCCCUCAACAGCCUCAAGAAACUGGCAGUCCUUCGGGAGCUGGAGCUGGUGGCCUGCGGGCUGGAGCGCAUCCCCCAUGCCAUCUUCAGUCUAGGCGCACUACAGGAACUUGACCUCAAAGACAACCACCUCCGGUCCAUUGAAGAGAUCCUCAGCUUCCAGCACUGCCGGAAGCUGGUCACGCUCAGGCUGUGGCACAACCAGAUCGCCUAUGUCCCAGAGCAUGUACGGAAGCUCAGGGGCCUUGAGCAGCUCUACCUGAGCCACAACAAGCUGGAGACCCUGCCCAGCCAGCUCGGCCUGUGCUCCAGCCUCCGUCUGCUGGACGUAUCCCACAACGGGCUACACUCCCUGCCACCCGAGGUGGGCCUCCUCCAGAACCUGCAGCACCUGGCUCUCUCCUACAAUGCUCUCGAAGCCUUGCCAGAUGAGUUGUUCUUCUGCCGCAAGCUGCGGACAUUGCUUCUGGGCUACAACCACCUGGGCUACCUCUCUCCCCAUGUGGCAGCCCUCACAGCCCUUAGUCGCCUGGAGCUCAAGGGCAACCGGUUAGAGGUGCUGCCGGAAGAACUGGGCAACUGCACAGGACUGAAGAAGGCGGGGCUGGUGGUGGAGGACACCCUUUACCAGGGGCUGCCCACUGAGGUUCGAGCAAAGAUGGAGGAGGAAUGAAGUCAGCGUGGAGCAGGUUGCAGAAGAGGACUUCAGAUGCUUCCACCCCAGCCUUGUCUGCCGAGGGGCCCUGCCAGAAGAGGAGGGGCAGCUGUGUCAGCUUUGUGGGGUCCAGACGAGAUCCUGGGACUGGUUUGUCUGGGGAGAGACAGGAAGUUGUGGAUUUGGGGUGGAACCUAUACGGAAAUGUUAACUCAGUCACAGAACCCUCAGAUCAAAACCACACCUGAGUCUUUGGCUGGCUGGCCUGCCCUCCCUCUGGACAUUCCAGCUCCAUUAGUGUCAUGGAUGGGAGUAGGAGCACAUCCCUUUGGGAUUUCCAGCCUGCUCUCCCACCAACAAAUCAGCUUACAUUUGUGGUUCCCUCCCAAGGAGGGGACACAGAUUCAAAGGACCAGGUUUCUACACCCCCAUUCCCACUCAGAUGCUAUUUUCUUAUUUAUAAGUUGCUUGCUGCAGACACGCAUACUUACAUUUGGCUGGGCACCAAAAUCAACUGAGGAGCUAGGACAGAACAAAACAUCCCAGGCCCCACCCCUAAAAGACUGACUCAAGAGCUUUGGGCAGGGGCCAGGAACCCGCUUGUAAAUAAGCAUGCCAGAUAAUUCUGAUGCAGGUGAUCCUAGGACAGUAAGACGGAAAUGGCUGACCUAAAGAGUAUGGGCACCUUAACGCCUAGAGCCCCUUUUAGGUCCAAGACCCUCUGAGGAUCUGAUGAAAGCUGGGUGCCUCCUCCCUCAGUAAAAUGUACCACACACACACAACUCUGCCAACGACUUUCAGGCAGUCCACAAGGGCUAUUCAUGGACUUCCUAAGGUUGGCUGGCUCCAGGUUAAGAACACCUGUCUUGGAGGCUAAAUUUUCCAGAGGAUAAGCAGGGACAUUGUCUUUUGGAUGUUCCUUGUGUGAGGGAGCAUAUAGCAUUGGGCGCUCAAUAAAUAUUAAUUAUGAGAAUUAUAA